AUGGCAUCUUCAACUACUACAAUCAGUGAUAUAACAGUAGAAAAUCUCGUUAUAUGUGCUAUAUGUUUGGAUUUGUACAAUGAUCCUCGUUGUCUUCCAUGUUCGCAUACUUUCUGUUAUCAAUGUAUUAAAAAUUUAUGUGCAGAAGGAAUUGGUCAAUGUCCUAUGAGAGACAAUACAAUUAUAUAUCCAUCUAGAAUUCAUCAAUUACCAAUUAAUCGAAUAGCUAAAGAUCUUGUUGAAUGUAUUUACAAAUCUUCACAAUGCAAAUCUUCAUCUUCAUCACAAAUAAAAUGUGAUCAUUGUAAAACAAUUUUAUCUGAAUUUAUUUGUAAAACUUGUUCAAAAAAUUUUUGUACUAUAUGUCUUAAACUUGAGCAUGACAUAAAUCAAUUUAAAACUCAUUCAAUUAAUAUUCUUAUCAAUGAAAACUUCAAUGAAUUUUGUCCAGAACAUAUUGAAGAAAAACAAAAAUAUUGGUGUAAUCAUUGUCAAAUAACUGUUUGUAGUGAUUGUCUUUUAUUUAAGCACAAGCAUCAUUUAUUUGUUACCUUAGAUAGUAUUUCACAGGAAACGAAAAACCAACUUCAUUCAUCAGCAAAACAAUUGAAUUUAAUAAAAGAAAAUCUUGAAAAAUUAAAUAACAAGACUACAGAAGCUUAUCAUACUCAUUAUCAAACACAUAUUAAAACAAAAAAUGAUAUUGAACGAUCAAUAAAUCAAUUACAAGCUCUUUUAGAAGAACGAAAGAAAUAUUUAAUCAGUACAAUUGUAAAAAAUGAUGCUAUUCAACAAGAAAUUAUUCGAACACAAAAAACUAAUAUUGAAGAUAAUUUGAAGACAGUUUUAAUCAGAGAAUUGUUUACAAAACAAGCUUUAAACGUCGAAGAUCUUUUUCAAUUAGUCAAAAUGAAGAAUGAUGUUAUUAAUUACAAUCAAUUAAUUCAAGAACAAUGCGAACAAUUAAUGUAUGGCUGCGUUUUUGAUCUUCAACAUUUUACUAUCCCUAAUAAAUUAUUAACUACUCAACAAGAACUUGAAAAUUUAGGUAAUAUAUCAAGAGAAACAUUUUUAACUAAUAGUACUGAUAUUCGUCCAUUACUAAAACUAUCGGAAUUGUAUGGUGAAGAAAAAUAUGAAGAAUUUCAAGGAAUUUAUGCCUAUGGCUAUCGUUUUCAUUUAGCUGUGCCAUUAAUAUUAAAUGCCAUACAAGUCAAAGUGGCACUAUUCAGUUCUGAUUUAACCGUUUAUAUCUUGGAUCACAAUGAUUUUCUUGUCCAUAAAAAAAUCAUCAAGACAAAUGAUAGACAUUUAACAACAUUGACAUGGAUAACUAUUUCUAUUACCUUUCGACUUCAACAUAAUUAUUAUAUUUUCGUAUGGACACAACCGAGUGCAGAAUUCUUACCAUUAAUUGCCUAUAGAGACACUACCCACAAUUUACGUCAGAUCAAUCAAAAUGUUUCGGUUAGAAGUAAACGUGCUCAAAUAAAUAAAUUGACAAAUAUCAAUAUAAAUACUAAGAUUAAUGUACUUUAUGAUGCAUUUUUGUUCGACGAUGAACGAAAUCCAAUAGUGCCAGCCAUUGAAAUGAUUCUAGAUACUUAG